AUGAAACGAAGCCCUGGCGAAAAUCAUGGCUUUGAAACUGAAACCAAAGAUGAACGAGAAUCCCCUCCUCGCUUUUUCCAUGAAGAUGAACGAGAAUCUCCUGUCUCUAUCGUAGGAGCAUCGGGUCCUAAACAAAAUAGCCCUGGAGAUACCCAGGAAUUGGUAGAUAAAAACAAUGCGGAAGUAGACUCUCCUAAUUCCUUUGAGUUCAGCAUAAGGUCAAUCCUUGGUGAAGAAGUUGUACCUAAAAGCAAAAUGAAAGGUCUUUACGAUGCCUCGAAUGGGGACGUAGAGACUGCUAUAAAUAUUUUCUACGAUAAUUCUUUAGAUGGAAGUUUCGCCGAAAACAAGGAUGAAAAUGUCGAAACAUUCCUUGCGCUGCAAAACUCUCAACGGAUUGAGUCCACUACAAGGCAAAAAGACAAAGAGAUUCCGACAUCGGAGGCGGAUGACUCUUCACCUGUAAAUUCGCAGGCUAAAAAUCAUAAUAUUGCACGAUCCUCUCCUAGGAAUGCAUCCCUUACUUCCUUUUCAUUUUUAACCAAAUCUAAUCAAGUCCGCAAAUACGUUGGUUGCUUUGGUGUCGAAGCGUACUCAAUUGUUUCCGGUUCUCAUAUUUUACAAGCUGGUGAACGUGCGUAUCUUGAACGUCAAAAAGCCCCUACAAAAACUCAAUAUCGGAAUUCUAGAAAGCGUUCAAAGACGAACAAUUCAUCUGGUUUAGCAUACACCAACUCCAUUCGGUUUUUGAAUAGUGAUCACAAAGAAAUUGGGAAGCUGCCUUCCGAAAAUGCUCAUGUGCUAUGUACUUUGAUGUCUCAAAAACUUUGGUCUUUUGAAGCGAGUUGUAUAUAUGCUGAUGAUUUCCUUCAUUUAGGAAGCAAUGUUACGCUUCAAAUCUAUUGUUUUCUUGAUAUUUCACAUCCAUCUUUAAAUCAAUCUCCUUUUUCGGCGAAAACUGCUUUUAUCGAAGACGACCCAGCCGCUUUUAUAGAUACCCAAAACAAAAGAGACCAUUUACUUCGUUUAUUUAGCUGGAUUGCAUUAGAGCCUUAUACUGAGAACUCUGUUGCGGGAUCAAACGUACAAAUCAACGAUCUUCUACUAUCCUCGUCUUCUUCAGCAAACCCAACGGUUUCUGAAACCUCCAGUUCAGAUGUUACUGAGGAUGAUGAUGCUGUAAAUGAACAGUUAAGUACAUUAUAUGACCGGACUCGCUUGAACGAAGCAAAUCUCCCCUCACAUGCAAUUCCCGAAGGAUUCCGUUUAGAUUUACGGGAGUAUCAAAAGCAGGCACUUUAUUGGAUGUGUCAAAGAGAAAAGGGUGAUGCCAAAGUAGAAACAUCCUCAAACCUGCACCCACUAUGGAGUCAGUUUUUGUUUCCUAUGGAUCCCGAGCUGUCUCCCGAAGAUUAUCACUUUUCUAAGGAUGACGAACCUCAUCGAUUUUUCGUAAAUUUGUAUACCGGUGAUAUUACAUUAGUUUUUCCUUCGAUGACCCCUUAUCACCGUGGUGGAAUUUUAGCAGACGAAAUGGGAUUGGGAAAAACUAUCGAAAUGCUUUCGUUAAUUCACGCUAGAAGGAGUUCCGAUGUUGUUGAGAAAUCUAUAGAGAAAUCCCCCUUCUCUAAUCGUCUUCCAAAAGCUGCAAAGACAACUUUAGUAGUGGCACCCAUGUCUUUAUUGGAUCAAUGGCAAUCCGAGGCAGUGAAAGUUUCUAAUAUUAAUUCCUUUAAAACAUUGGUGUAUUACGGUUCUGAUACAUCCACAAAUUUGCAAUCUCUUGCUACCAACAGUGCUCCUGAUUUGGUUAUUACUAGCUACGGUGUUUUGCUUUCAGAGUCUUCUAACACUCCCGAUGCUUCUGGGUUGUUUUCUGUUCACUGGCACCGGGUCAUUUUGGACGAAGGUCAUUCCAUAAAAAAUCCCAGCAGUAAAACCGCCAAGGCGUGUUAUGCGAUAUCAGCUCAGAAUCGAUGGGUAAUUACGGGAACGCCAAUUGUAAAUAAAUUGGACGAUUUGUACAGUAUGAUAAAAUUUUUACAAAUAGAACCAUGGUGCAACUACAAUUACUGGCGUACAUUCGUUAGUGUACCAUAUGAGGCAAAGGACAUUCUAAAGGCUUUGAAUGUAGUGCAAUCUAUUCUCGAGCCUCUUGUUUUACGAAGAACAAAGGAAACGAAAGAUAUCAGUGGAAGUCCUAUAGUUUGUUUACCUGAUCGCAAAAUUGAGACUAUAUAUCUGGAGUUUUCGGAAGCAGAACGACGGAUAUACGAUUCCUUAUAUGUGAAAGCAAAAAGUAGGGUUCAUGAAAGUAUUGCAACAGGAACAUUGUUUAAGAAUUAUACAGCGAUUUUAGGCUUACUUUUGCGACUUCGACAAGCUUGUUGCCAUCCUUUAUUGCUGUCCAAAGCAGUGGAAAAAAAGGACAACGAAGUAGAACAAGAGAUAAACUCAAAUGAGUUGCACGACUUAAUUUGGAUGUUUGCAUCGAAGAAAACAUUGAUUCCGGACUAUAUUAGAGAAAUACCCGACAUGGAUGCUCUAAAUACUCUUGCUCCAGAAUGUCCGAUUUGUUGUUCGGAACCUAUACAAGAUCCUGUUGUCUUAAAAUGCAAACAUGUCUGCUGUCGGGGAUGCUUGAAAGAUCACAUAGGUUACCAAAAUAAAAGGGAUAUUUCUCCUCCACUUUGUCAUACUUGUCGUCAGCCCUUUGAAGCGGACGACGUGUACGAGCCUAGAGAAAUUAGAUCGACGGGCUUUACUCUGAAAGAUAAAAGUUUACAAUGGAAUCAUUGGAACCGAUACCAGUCUAUCAAGGUACUGGUACUUUUGGAGUACAUUCAGAAAAUUCUAAGCAAUCCUUCCUCCGAUAAAAUUGUCAUCUUUUCGCAGUUUACUGGCUUUUUGGAUUACAUAGGAGAAAUACUCAAUACGCUACGAAUUAAACAUUCUCGCUUCGACGGCAGAAUGUCUCAGGAACAAAGGUCUAUGUCAUUAGAGCAGUUUCGGAAUGAUCCAACAAUCAACGUCCUUAACAUAUCACUCAAAGCUGGUGGACUUGGUUUGAACCUGACUUGCGCAAACCAUGUACUGAUGAUGGAUCCUUGGUGGAGCUGGUCAGUGGAAUCUCAGGCCAUUGAUCGUGUUUAUCGUUUAGGACAAGAAAAACAGGUUGUCGUAACUCGUUUUAUAGUGCGAGACAGUGUAGAGGAAAGAAUGCUAAAAGUUCAAGAACGUAAAAAGUUUCUUGCGGGAACGCUUGGAAUGUCCAAGGAAGAACAACAAAUUCAAUCUUUGGAAGACAUACAGACUCUGUUUGCUUAA